AUGUCGUUUUCCAUUAUAAACAAAGUUAAGCUGUUUCCUGCUGAGAUUCAAUGUCAAAUAAUCGAUUAUUUAGCUUUUGACGACUUGGAAAGCUUGCUCAGAAUACAAACACCUUUUCAAGACCAUGUAGUUGACUUGCUUUUUCAGUAUAUAGUGCUAAAUGAUUGUGAACCCAACGACGAGUCUAUCCAAUGGAAAUGGCAUACAGUGGGUAUGUUAGUUGAUCUUUUCCAAAGAUAUCCGAAGAUGACAUUCUCUGAAAUCUUGGGUGAUCUCACCAGCAUAUAUGAGUUACAUUUGGCAAGACCUGGUAUCCUUAACAGAUCAACUACAGUUACUAUAAGGUGCGAUUGUAUGGAAGGCGAAGAUGCCGCAGACCUAUUGAAAGAGCUCUGCAGUCACUCGUACUCUAUCAAUAUAGAAGAAUGUUCUAUCGAGAGCAAAUCUAUGGUUGAGGCUAUUUCUCCCACUUUGACAGGGUUAGGUAUGUUCCAGGAAAGAUUCAAAAAGGGUUAUGAUCUCAGCUAUGAGCUUACCGAGUUGGGAACUUGCUCUAAUCUUAGACAAUUGGAACUAACUGAAAUGCCAAUUACCUCUUCUCAGAUAAGGUUCCUACCAAGAUGCCUAGAGAAAUUGACUUUUGAAUUAGAAGUCGAGAGCUUUUCAUCUGUCCAUGUAUUAGAACUUCCUAAUUGUCUCAUAUAUCUUUCCAUGAAGCUCUCCCAAACUAGUAGUUCCCUUAAAAAUGUAGAAAUCAACGUCGAGUGCCUUUCAAAUUUGAGAAUACUCGAGUUGAAAUACUUCCAAAUACAUUCUUUGUCAUCUUGGAUCCUCCCAAAGGGAGUUGUUCAAUUGUCAGUAAUAUCAUGUGGAAUUAAAGAUCUCUCAGGAUUGCUGAACUUGUGCAACUUGAACAAGUUGGUACUACAACUAAAUCCAAAAACUGAAAUCGACUUCACCGUAUUGCCCUCUAGUAUCAGAAGGCUAUGGUUGUAUUGUGAAAGUGUACCUAACGAAAUAUGUCAGUUGUCAUCUUACAUUCAGUUAAAUCUUGUAGUUACAAGUCUAGGAUCUGACAGAGAUUUCUCAAAGAUCAAGAACUUGAAUAGCCUAUAUCUCAAUGGAACGUCGUGGGCCACUUCUACAAACUUCACGUCUCUCGGUGACUUAAAACUUCCGUCGCAAUUAAAGGAAAUAUCAUUUAACAUGUUCCUAGGUCUACAAAACAUUCGUGAUUUGCAAUCUGGAAAUUGUUUAUCGUCGUUAGCCCUUAAUGGAAAGUUUGGCCCAAUGCUAGUCAAGUCACUUCUAAGAGGCAACGUUUUUCCAGAAUCACUAGUGGAUAUACGAUUGUUUAUUGAGUUGACGAGUUCAGAUUGGGUGGUUGAUUCUAGAACCUACCCCAAAGAAUACAUUUCGUUCGGAGCUGAAGGUUCACAAAAUUUAAGAUUUGGGAAUUCAUUGUGUUUACCAAACAAGUUACAAAGGUUGGCUAUAGUGUGUGAUUCGUUAGUAGCAGAAGGUGAUCUCAAUCUACCUUCUAGUAUCCAAGAAGUUCACUUAAAGGUAUUUGCAUACAUACAGAUGUCAAAACUAGUAAUUCCCGAAGCUGUAAGAAGGAUUCUGCUCCCAGAAGUUUUACCUAAAGCAGAUUUCCAUCUGUAUCAUUUCCCUACAUCUUUAACAGAUAUUUAUGUUCCUGACGAGAGUUAUAAAGUAACACUUAGGAAUACCAAUAACAUUAAAUGGCUCAAUGUAUAUCCUCCAGUAGCUAAAGAUAUAUAG